AUGAACUACAGAUUCCACUCUGCGACACUCUCUCGUUGCAGCAGGUGGCGCUGCUUGUACUAUAUGGCUACACAUUGAGUAACCUAGACUCCGCCUCAUCUUGUGUGUGCCAGCCGCUCAUCUCCCGACAGGCCGCGCCCACUCCUUCCAGUUUGAUGGCAACACGCUUCGCAACGUCACGCGGGUCGUUAUCUAUUGGCUACCGCUUCUAACCCUCUCAACCAAUGAGCCAAGCGAAUGGUGACGUCAGCUACAAACCAUCCCCCCCCGGCACGCGCCGGCAAGAGGCGUGGCCUUGGAUUCGUGGGUAAGCGAGUUCUAGACUGAGAUCCUUCCCUCUAGACCAUGACGCAACACCUGUGCCGAUCUCUGGUUGGUUGGCUGGGAUGGGCUCUUGCUGUUGCUGUGUGGGAAGAGACUGGCUGGAGCUGCCGGUAUCUGAUGAGGAGCCAAAAAAAAGGGGGACAAGAAGGGUGAGUUAGUUUGUACCCGCAACAAGGCAUUUGCCUAGAGGCUCCACGACUGAGUUGCUCAAGCUUCCGCACACUUCUUGCUCACAGCUCGCAGAUUUGUGGAAAUUCCAUCAGUUUUUCGCAUCUCCUCCCAACACAAGUUUAUUUCCUCGGGGAAAACUGGGAGUUGUAGUUCUCUGUACAAGUUGUCUUCACUUGCAGUCUACGUAAAGCUUUACAAGUCCAGACUACAACUCCCGUCAGGCACUGUGGCUGACUUGAUAAACAAGGCACUUCUUCUCGCUCCCUGGUUGGUAGGCCGAGGCCGUCCUCGUGCUUUUCCUCAUUGGUUACUGUACACGUCGGCUGCUUGCUUUAGCUUGCUCUCCGCCCCUUUUUCUUAUUUCUCGCAUAUAAUUGGUUACUGUAAGUGUUGCUCAAGCUUCUUCCCCUCCUGUCAAGAUGCUCCGCCUGCGGGGUCUUCUGAUUGGCUGCCAAGUCUGUCACUGGGCUAGUUGUGGGCUGUGAUUGGCUGCCCGUGCCAGCUGUUCCUGCUUCAUUCACCAUUUUGUCUCCUGGAGUAAGGGGCCAGGCAGCAGUGUGUGGGAUGUCCGUGGGUGAGGGCCAGCAGGUGCUGUCUUUCUGAAAGACAGGCUACAAAAUGAAAUCCGUAAAGAAAGCUACCGGCACCACACACAGCAAAGCCUCAAAUUCUUCUCGCAGCAAGAAACUGAGGAGGAAGAUGGAGGAAGGAAGACAGGAGGAGGAAGAGGAGCAAGAGGAGGAAGCUGCAGAGGAAGAAAUGGAAGAGGAGGCAGAUGAAGACUCUGGACAUCCCCUGGACGCAAAGACUAUACUGGUAAAAAUGGAACCUACUGAGCAAGAUGUGAAAGAUCAGGAACAGGCAGCUCAGUCUGCAGAGCAAAUAACAGGGAUAGAGGAGGAGGAGGAAGGCUUACCACGGACAGUAAAAUCAGAACCCAGCAUGGAGGCACCCAGCGAAAGCCAAGCUAUCAACAAAACAUCAUAUGACCUUGGGCGAUGGGAAAUGCCUUCCAGCCGAAAAACAGCCACUUUCAAAUCCAAGGCCCCCAAAAAGAAAUACAUUGAAGGCCAUGGAUCUCAGGAAGGGCAAGAGGAUUCAUCCAGUAGCAGUGAGGGCCCUGCUACUCUACAUGACUGUAGUGGGGAGCAGCCAGUGAGCAGUGUCAUAGUAUCAGAGGAGAGGUGCCAGUCAGUCAGGUCCUCCUCCACAGAUACUGCCAGUGAGCACUCUGCAGACUUGGAAGAAGAAACUGAGAAGACCCACAUAGAUAUUGCCCCCUCACCCGGUCCUUGUACAGAUCAUGGCUUUCAUCACCUAAGGCAACAAAGGAUUCUGGUUAGGAGGGAGGAGAGUUUCCAGCUCUGCCAGGUGAAGCAAUUCCGCCAGAAUCAAGUUGGUGUUCAGUUCCCAGGGGAACAACCUCUUACAUUUGUGGACAUCACACAGCAUUUAGUCCUUCUAGAUAAGAUCCCUCAAGCAGGUGAGGUGGAGGUGGGUGUGCCAGUGUGUUUCUGCAUGAGCCCUGAUGAUACAGUGUUUCGGGAGGGCAUAGUGGUGGAGAUUGUCCAGAAUCCACUGUCCUACAAGGUUUGCACACAGCAAAGCCCUGGUAGGAGGGAGCGUGAAUACCGAUUGGUCCCCCAUUCUUGCAUCAGACUCUUGCGCUCCCCUUGGUGUAAAGAAUCUGUACUUGCGACAGCACAAACCGCAGAGGAGAAGAAGCAACAGGCAGCUGGAAGAUUUGCUACAGCUUUGCCCUUGGACCAAGCAUCGGGGAGCUCCAUUGAGUUGAGCACAGAACAGAAGCACUUGGAGGAUGCAGAAGUAUCAAAAAUAAGCUUCAGCAUGCCAGUAAGUGAGGAGAAGCCGUCUUCCAUUCAGCAGCGAAUUCUUUCCCCACCGAAAUCACCAGCAUUUGGAAUAAUGGUCGGACGCCUGCCAGAGCAGCCGUCUCCAUUGUUAAGCCCCGAUGCAGGCAGUCGCAGCAGCUGCAGCAGCGUGUCUCUGGAUAAAUGCAGCACACCAGGGUCCCGUUCUCGAACGCCUUUGACUGCUGCACAGCAGAAGUAUAAGAAGGGAGACGUGGUAUGUACUCCCAAUGGAAUUCGGAAAAAAUUCAAUGGCAAACAAUGGAGAAGACUGUGCUCCAGGGAUGGCUGCAUGAAGGAAUCUCAGCGCAGGGGCUACUGUUCUCGACACUUAUCCAUGCGUACCAAGGAGAUGGAGAGUAUGUCUGAGGGCAGAGGAGGCCGCGAAGGAAGUGCCGAGUUUGAUUGGGAUGAUACCUCAAGGGAUAGUGAAGUUAGUAGUAUUCGCACAGAUUCACGGCCACGUCUGGUGGCCCCUACUGACCUCUCUAGAUUUGACUUUGAUGAGUGUGAAGCUGCCAAUAUGUUGGUGUCUCUUGGUAGCUCUCGCUCAGGAACCCCAUCUUUUUCUCCUGUUUCAAACCAGUCUCCAUUUUCACCAACGCCAUCUCCCUCUCCUUCCCCACUCUUUGGUUUCCGGCCAGCCAACUUUAGCCCCAUAAAUGCUUCACCCGUCAUCCAACGAGCACGGAGCCGACACGUUAGCGCCAGCACCCCUAAAGGAGGAACUGUGCUGACCUCAGAAAUGCUUCAUCACACUCACCAUAGGGAGAGACAAGCUGUAGGUAUCCUCCCCUCAUUCCAGACCAACCUCACUUUCACAGUACCCAUGAGUCCCAGUAAGAGGAAACCAGAUUCUCACCAUGGCAGUGUCAGCUCUGCUGCAGAUUUUCAGAAGACGGACAGUAUGGAUUCAGGAGUUGACUCAGUGUCUCACACACCUACCCCUUCUACACCAGCUGGGUUUCAUUCAGUCUCGCCAGCUCCCAUAUUUUCUCGCUCUCAACAGGCCUCCCCGUCUCAGCUUGUGUCUCCCCCUGCUGGCUUGACCUCUGACCCCAGCCCCUCAAUACGCAGAGUACCUGCAGUACAGAGAGAUUCUCCUGUCAUUGUGCGAAACCCAGAUGUGCCUCUCCCAUCUAAGUUUGUUGAAAAGCUUUCAGAUGGCACCUCCAGGAAUAUUGGAGGAGCAGCAUCAGGUAGCAGCAGCCCAUGUCGAAUAAGUAAAGUGUGCAGCAAAGAUCAUCCAUCUAAGACCCAGCUUCAAAUUCCUGUCCCUAUAAAUGCCACACAAAUGCAGAGUGCAGCACGGACUUUACCCACAGGACAACAGAGCUCAGGAGAACCUGCAAUUUGCACCUCCGCUGGAUACACUGAACACCCUCCACCCGUCUUCAGCAUUUCUUCACCAUUCCAGCCUGUAGCCUUCCAUCCAUCUCCUGCUGCACUUCUCCCAGUGAUUGUGCCCAGUGACUAUUCAAGCCACCCCGUACCCAAGAAGGAGAUUAUCAUGGGGAGACCAGGCACAGUAUGGACUAACGUAGAGCCAAGAUCUGUGGCAGUGUUUCCCUGGCACUCACUGGUCCCUUUUCUGGCCCCAAGUCAACCAGAUUCAUCCGUCCAGCCCACAGAGGCUCAGCAACCUGUCAAUCAUCCUGGAGCCUCAAAUCAGAGUAAAGAACCACCAGAAUCUGCAUCAGUUUCACAUGAUUCCAUGCCAUCGGCAAGCAUUGAGGAUGAGAGGCGAGUCGUUCACCACACGGACAUUGUUGCUCAGCCUCCACCUACUGAGGAGCCUGCUAAGCAGUCACAGCACCAAGAGAGCUUGACCCAGGGAACAACAACAGGGGACCAUAGAGGAGACAGUGAAACCGAGAGUGACCAUGAUGAUGCAUUCUUUCCUAUUGGGCCACCAGAUUUGCAGAUACCUGUGCAUGGUGGGAAACGUCGGACACAGUCAUUAAGUGCACUGCCUAAGGAAAGAGACUCCUCUUCAGAGAAAGAUGGGCGCAGCCCCAAUAAACGGGAGAAGGAUCACAUUCGACGGCCAAUGAAUGCCUUUAUGAUCUUCAGCAAGCGACAUCGGGCACUUGUACAUCAGCGCCACCCAAAUCAGGACAACCGCACAGUCAGCAAAAUCCUGGGAGAAUGGUGGUAUGCUCUAGGACCAAAGGAAAAACAGAAGUACCAUGACCUGGCCUUCCAGGUCAAAGAAGCGCACUUUAAAGCUCACCCAGAUUGGAAAUGGUGCAACAAGGACCGUAAGAAGUCCAGCUCUGACGUAAAACAGGUCAUGCCAGGUCCAUGGGAUGUGCAUAAGGAGAUGAGAGAGAGAAGCAUGUCUGAGACUGGAACCAUGGCAGCUGCUGGAGCUGCUGCAGAGGUUCCACCUUCAGGUCUCCUCUUAGGAUCUGAGUCAAAGCUUGGAGCCUCCACCUCAGCUCUGGCAAGUGGCCUGCCUCCAUCUUCAAGCUCUUCUACUCAAAUAUCCCGGCCACGAGCUUUUUCUCAUAGUGCAGUGCAGAGCAUAGAACACAGAGAGGACAGCCAGGCUCUGCAGGAGCUCAAACAGAUGUGCUCAAAUCGGUCCCCUUAUCCAGUGCAGAAAGCAGCAUUUGGGGGACCAGACUCCACAUCGUUUCCAGUCCCAGCUCAUAGUGAGACCCCCACAUGCCCAGCUUCCCGAGCCUGCUCUUCCCUGCCUGGCUCCUACCACCCCCAACGUACAGCAAGCGAGGACAUGACCAGUGACGAGGAGAGGAUGGUGAUCUGUGAAGAUGGGGAUGAUGAUGUAAUAGCUGAUGAUGGCUUUGGGUGUCCUGAUAUUGACUUGAAAUGUAAGGAGCGGGUGACAGACAGCGACAGUGAUGGCAGAUCUGGAGACGAAGUAGAGGGCAAAGUGCAACCCCAGAGAGUGUUCUCACCAGUUAUUCGAACAUCCUCCCUGUCAGGGACUUUCCCUGUCUCAAAUGAAGACCUGAAGUCAGAAAGACAACAGAAUAUGGCACAGUCUCCAAAGACCAAUGACCAUCCACAGACUUCUUACCCACGUGGCUAUCCCCCUUUAGCACCUGCAAAACCCCCUCUUCGUCUUUCUACUCAACACCACACCAAACGUAAUCCAGAAGUACGCUUUACUAUGGUGGACCCUAGUGCCAGCUACAAGCGGAAGCGCAGUGUUGAUGGGGGACAGAAAGCUGUAGGGGAUGGGGCUGUACCCACUGGCCAAUACAGCACUCAAUCUGUUAUAUCUAGUGGCCCUCCUCAGCCACUGGUUCUGCAUAGUUUACCAUCUAAUCACCCUUCCAGUAGCAUGUAUUCAUCUGCACCAAAGUUUUAUGAAGGAUAUAGAGGGAUGCCUGACAGCCGCCCUCCAGUUCCCAGUGUAGGCACAGUGCUAGUGUCGGAUCCUCAAGGUCAGGGGAUUCUUCCCCCAGGUCUAAAACCAGCAUCCACAGUAGUCACUAAUGUAGUGAAACCUGUUAGCAGCACGCCUGUGCCCAUAGCAAGCAAACCUCUGCCUGUGAGCAGAAGCAACAGUGAUUUGAGUGAGAGCAGAAUACCUGGAUCACCUGUGGGAAUUGGGGUGCUCUAUGCACAUGACAGAAAGCCAAUGCAGCAACUGCCAUCUCCAGCCCAUUCUCCUCACUCACAAAGCAAGCCAGCUGGUGGAAUUUUAACCAACUUAGUAGUGGGAGCAUCAAGCUACAGGCAGCCAGUACCCACUACCGGUAAUGGAACUGCUCCUGUCACAGCCCUGCAGUUUAUUACCCAGAAUCCUGCAGGGAGUUCCAACGGAGCGGUGCCUCUACGAAUCCUGCAACCUCCAGAGUUGCUUCCUGCAACAGCCAGCAGGAGGGGAGGCAUCACCCAAGUGCAGUACAUAUUACCCACAAUCCCACAGCAACUACCAGGGGGCACUGCUGCAAGCAUUCACUUCACCCUUCCACCCACCAAUGCAAAGAUGAUUGCCACGCCUCAGGCCCUCCCACUGGUCCAGCCUGGCCCUGCUGCAAGCCCCUCCGUGGGCAUUAUGACAGCUGCUGGAAAAGCUCAGUCUGUGUCACCUGCCCCAUUGUCCAGGAGUUCCACACAGCUGCUUUCCAGUCCUGGAAUUCUCUCUCCCAACGCUCAGGUUCAGGGCAAGAUGCUAGUUCCUAUGGCUUCUCCUCAUGUGACUGUGCAGACUGGCUCUGCUGCACCACUACCACUUGUCUCCCCUCCAUUUCCAGUGCAGAAUGGGGCUCAGCCCACCAACAAAAUAAUACAAAUCACUCCAAUGCCAGUGGUACAAUCACCGGCUUCAGCCCAGAGUGCCUUAGUACCACCAGGCAGUUCACCACUCCAGAAUGCCAUCCCUGUCACCAUGGCAACAGCCGCUGUAAUGGCAGCAACGUCCCAAUCUCAAAAGGUUGUCUUGCCAUCAUCUACCAGGAUCACGUAUGUGCCCUCUGCAGGGGUUCCCACUGUCCCUCUGGUGACCAGCAGCUCUCAUUCUCACACAGUUCCCUCAGGCUCUGCCCCAUGUGUGCAGUCUAUGGCCCUUGGAUUCACGGCUAUAGGUCCAAAUGGCCAGACAAUCGUGCAGCCUCUGAUUACAGGCCAGAGUCAGCUACUUGCCCAGGGACAAGUGGCAGUUUCUCCAGCUUCCACACCUCCUGUGCCGCAAACAUGCAGCGGCCAAGUUCUGACAGCAAUAUAUCCCUCAGUUGGGUCCAACACACUGACUGUUCCAGCUCCCCCUGCUGCCCAGAGUGUGAUGUACACUGUAUCCAGCACAAGCACUAUUUCUACCAUUCCUGCCACUAUCUUGCCCAAAGCCAUCAUCUCCUCCCAGACAAUCAAUUCACCACCAGCACCGUGUAUAGCAGCAAGCAGCUCUCAGACUACCCCUGCAACAGCUGCCUCUGUCACGUUCAGUCUGGUAACCUCAAAGUCACCACGGAACCUUCCAAAAGCUCCUCAAAAAGUCAAAGCAACCAUAGCUAGCAUCCCUGUAGGGUCCUAUGAAGCCACAUCACCUUCCCCAUGUGGGCGCAACACUGCCCGACCCUCACCUUUACCCCCCUGCGAGGAGACUCCAGAACCAAGAUAUAUUGGAGAAUCUCGUGGGUCAUCAAUGGGGCGUGAACCCUCUACAGAGUCCCACGCGGUCAGCCCCUUCCCUCCUACACACACCCGAGAACCGGUGCAGACAAAACAGAGACUGCCUACAGCUGAAGAUUGGGCAUCCAGGGAAAUUUGGGCAAAGAACAUGACUGAUGAUAGAAGUUCAGCAUCUCCUCUUCCUGACGAUAAAAGAGAACCUCCUCACUCGCCAAGUAUUAAGAAAGAACCUGGGUGUUCUUCAGAUUUUAAAGUCACAGAGACUCGUUUAGACUCCAAUCCUCCCACAGGACUCCCUGCUCCCUCUUCCCCUGUUCCCUUGCCCACAGCCCAGUCUGGGGAGGCUGCAAAGGCCGGCACAUCUCUCUCUGAGGCUCCAGAAAGGAAGGAUGGGCCUGUGAAGAAAGUGAAAGUGCGCCCUCCACCUCUCAAGAAAACCUUUGACUCUGUGGAUAACAGGGUCCUGUCUGAAGUGGAUUUUGAGGAGCGCUUUGCUGAGCUCCCUGAGUUUAAGCCAGAGGAAGUGCUCCCUUCUCCCACGCUGCAGUCUCUUGCCACUUCUCCACGUGCAAUCUUAGGAUCUUACCGAAAGAAACGCAAGAACUCCACAGAUCUGGACUCUUCAACUGAAGAUCCAGUCUCUCCGAAGAGAAAAAUGCGAAGGCGUUCCAGCUGCAGCUCUGAGCCCAACACACCUAAAAGUGCAAAAUGCGAAGGUGACAUUUUCACCUUUGAAAGGACAGGCAGUGAGGCGGAAGACUUACUGGGUGAGAUGGAAUACGAUAAGACCCCGUACUCUUCGCUGCGCCGAACUUUGGAUCAGAGAAGGGCAUUGGUCAUGCAACUUUUCCAGGAACAUGGUUUCUUCCCAUCCUCUCAGUCCACUGCCGCCUUCCAGUCACGAUACUCCGACAUCUUUCCCACCAAGGUUUGUUUGCAGCUGAAGAUCCGUGAGGUGAGACAGAAGAUUAUGCAGACAGCGACUCCCACGGAAUGUCUGUUUGCUGAGCAUCCUUCCCCCAGCACUUCUGAGGCUGGACCCUCCGACAUGCAACCCCCACAGGACCCGGCACUACGAUCAAGUGAGUCUGCUGAAGCCUCCUGGGAGGAAGGUCAGGAGCCUCCUGAAACCUCCAGGAGCAGAUGAGUUUUCAUAGGAGAGACCAGAAUGUAUUGCCACUCGCUUGACCUAGAGACUGCUGGGGCUCCUCCUUUAGGGUUAUGUGGGCUCAGCAUUAUAAACCUUAGCCCCACGCGCACAGACAAUCCACCAACUCCAGGACAGAUGAUACAGAUUUCGUGGGCAGUCUCAUCCUCUGGAGCCAUUGACAGCUAGUAAGUGGCACACAGCCUCUGACAGGUAAUGGGUAAGUGUAUCUCCAUCAGUCAGAGGCAGUGCAAAUUGUGAGCUAUUGUCUAUUACUGGCUUGUGCAGCAGUCACACACUGUACUUCUCUGCUUCUCUCAAACACACCCUUAAACUCUGGAGUGCGGGAAGUAGCAGUCAAAAGGCAGAGGCAGAAAGUGAGGACGUAGCCCUGGGCUCUGUGCAGAAUCCCCUGUGCACAACAUGAAAUUGUGUGAAACGCCAUGGCCGUGUUACAGGACACACGCUGCACUGGUGAGUCAAGCGUGUUUUAAGCGGAGCACACAAGUGGCAGAAUGGAGUUUCAGUGCAGUAACAGCACCGCAUGAAUCUGGCGUGUGCACUGGCAGAGGAGAAAGAAGGAAGCGACUGCCGUACACUGCACUAAAUAACAAGCUGUGUUCUGCAACUGUCAUUACAAGUGCCGUCAUGGGGGAGGGAGGGGUUUUUAGCGGUAAAUCAUAUUUUCUUAUGACACUUUAGUUCUAAAAGAAGCAGCUGCACUGUGGAGAGCUGUACAAAUAUAUAAAUAUAUAUAUAUAUAUAGACAUUUUUAUGCAAGAUGAGUGAUGUUUAAAGUCAGUCUGAUCAGAUCACCCAAGGACACAACACACGGAUAAACACAUACAAUAUAUAUAUAUAUAUAUAUAUAAUCUGUGGUGCUGGAGAGAGGCCUAUUUUUCCUACUUUGUGUCUCCCCAGUUAGGGCAGGUGGACAAACAACAGGCUCACACACAUAUAUACACACUAGGGAUGCACCAAAUCCACUAUUUUGGAUUCGGCCGAACCCCCGAAUCCUUCUCGAAAGAUUCGGCCAAAUACCGAAUCCGCGUAUGCAAAUUAGGGGUGGAAA